GGUAUAAAGGGACUCUAGUCGGUACGUAUUGUCGGUAUACUUACUGGGUGUUGCUGGUUUGCCUAUCGUCUCGCCUGAAGGGACUCCAGUCUUGCCAAAAUUUCCUGGUGUGGAUUGGUCUUGAGUAAACGAGAGCGAAACCGAUGGAUAAAGAAGAUGGAAAAGGCUGUUCUACGAUAAUGUUGUCAUUCUAUGACAUAAUUAAUAGUUGUGCCAUUUUAGUAUGAUUGAUAGUGAUGAAUUGUGUUCUCUAUUCACCGAGAUCUGCUGAUCUAUGGCCAUGUCUUCUACGUCGAAAAUGGAGAAAUCUAUCAUGUGUACCUCUGAACAAGGUACACCUAGGACAGCACGGGGCGGAAAAUUGGCGAGAAGAGCGAGAUCUUUCAAAGAAGAUUUUUUGGACAUCUUGUCUGCAAUGCGGUCGCCAAGUUCAGGUUCACGAGCCAGUUCGCCGCGGCCCUCCAAACAACGAAUUGCUAGCACAAGUGAUGCAACUGAACUACCCCCUUGUAACCCUAUUAGAGAUCUAGAGUGUCAUGUUAGACAGCUCCAGUUUGCUUUAAAACACUUCCGUGAUGUUGUAGAUAAAGAUAAAUUAGAAAUGGUACCAGGUAAUGGUACUGUAGUUUUAGAAACUGUUACCACUAUACAUAAUGUCUUAAAGUCUUGCAUUUUAAAUGAACAAAGUUCUGUUUUGGUUUCUGCAAGUAAUCAAGUCUAUCAAAGUGUAGCUAUUCUCAUUAAAUUAUGUGAUGAUGUUUUAUUAAUUGGCCAUGAUGCAAUAAAUGCAGAAAAUGUAUCAGAAGUUUUAGACUUAGUUGAAGAUGCCAUUCAGACCUUGUUACGAAUCACCUCCUCCUUUACCUCCUAAAAAACGCGCCCCGCCUUCUCCAACUGCAGCCAUCGAACGACUUAGUUUAAAGUCUGAUAAUUCUAGUUCAUUAGGUUCCUUAGAGUCUAUGCUGAAUGCCUCAUCUAAAGACGAUGACGAAUUAAGAGUAUUUAUGCUAGAUGAACGUAUCUUAUCUCCAGGAAUUAAUGGCAGUCGUUGUUGGGAUAGUUCAUCACAAAGCUCGCUCACCACCACAUCAACAGAACAUCCCUCAACUAAUGUUCAACAUUCCUCACCUUUGGAAAGUCCUCCUGGAGGGACAGUGAUCCACACAGAGAAGGUCUCCAAAGCUUUUACAUCCGUUCAAAUGUCAUCACACAACUUCUCAUCGUCGACAUCGCAGUCAUUAAAUGCAUUCAUGACUUGUUCAUCAUCAUCAUCGUCCAUGACGCAGCUGCACAGUGUCUCAAAUGUCUUAUCCCAAUCAAACUCCGUAUCUUAUCAUUCUAAUGGCUCAUCCCCUUCUUCCUCUCUGCCUGCUCUACCGGAAAAAAUGAGACGUAAGCAUCAGCCUGAUCACCCGCUGGAGCCCACUUGCACCUCUAUGAUGAUGACCCGCAUGACUCAUAGCCCAGCAGAUUCUUUAAACCCGCCACCACUGCCACCAAAGAAAAAACACAUGCAACAAUUACAAUCGGUGGCCUACUCUGUUAUCGCAUAUGUUGAAAUGUUUGGUAAUGUCUCCUGCUCUACAACACUCACCAGUGAUUUUUCUCGGCGCACGGAAAUGUCGAUGUCAUCAACGCACUUAUGUUCCUUUUCUCAUCGAUCCAGUCCAAACGAAGGGCAAAUCAAGCAGUUAAUCGAAAAACCCCCUGCUUUACCCCCUAAACGAACUCAUCAUAAUAUGGUCGGCAAUCAGGUUUCGCUAUCUCCUUCCCUGCAGCUGACCCAAGAACUUCCUGUUUCAUUUUCUAGUCUCAA